UGCUAUCCUUGUGCUAAUAAUCUUCCAGAAAGUACAAUUUGUUUUAUCUCAUUCACUUUGAAAGGAAGACUGGGGACGUUGCUAACAUCUGACCAAGACAUGGUACAAAAUAAGUGCAAUGGAGUAAUGCCCAACUGGAGACAACCAUCUGACUACAGCCUGAAUGGACAUGUUGGAGCUCUGCUUAAGAGAAGCAAAAAGGCCAUGGUGACAGGAGGUGGAGGCUACUUUGGAUAUAGUCUUGGGUGUGCUCUUGCCAAAUCAGGGGUCACUGUCACUCUGUUUGAUGUACAGAAACCUAAAUGGAAAAUUCCUAAUGGCGUCAUGUUUUUCCAGGGUGAUGUGAGGGAUUAUGAUGCUGUAUUCAAGGCUUGUGAAGGGGUUGACUGUGUUUUUCAUUCAGCUUCAUUUGGAAUGUCAGGACUGGAGCAACUACAACAUAAAGAAAAGAUUGAAUCCACAAAUGUUGGUGGCACAAAAGUAAUCAUGGAUGUUUGCAAGCAAAGAAGUAUCCCAAGGCUGGUAUAUACCAGUACGGUGAAUGUGGUGUUUGGGGGUAGUCCCAUUGACGAAGGAGAUGAGGAAACAGUACCAUAUUUUCCACUAGAAAAGCAAGUUGAUCAUUAUUCUAGAACCAAGGCAAUAGCAGACCAAAUGAUACUUGCUGCUAAUGGAACCCCAUUAAAAGGAGGGGAUAAGCUCCAUACAUGUGUUAUUCGCCCACCAGGCAUCUAUGGACCAGAAGAGGAAAGACACCUGCCACGACCAGCAAAGAAUAUUGAAUGGAGGCUAUUUAACUUCAAGUUUGGAAAUCCCAAUGCUCAGAUGAACUGGGUUCAUGUUGGAAAUCUUGUACAAGCUCAUCUGUUAGCUGCUGAAGCUCUAACGCCUGAGAAGGGAUAUAGAGCUGGCGGUCAGGCAUAUUAUGUACAUGACGGCGAGAAUGUCAUGUUUUUUGAAUGGAUAACUCCAUUGUUUGAAAAAUUAGGUCACAGUAAACCAUGGAUUCAUGUUCCUGCUUUCCUUGUUUAUAUAGCAGCUGUAGUGAUGGAGUAUCUGCACGUGGCACUGAAACCCAUAUUUUGUUUUACACCUGUCUUGACCAGAAAUGAGGUGUGGAAUAUUGCUGUCACUCACACUUUUCGAAUAGACAAGGCACGUAGUCAGCUAGGUUACUACCCAAAGAAAUUCACAUUUGCUGAUUGUGUGGAUCAAUAUCUUAAGACAAGACCCAAGUGUCAGGAUAAUUGCAUGUUAUUUAAAGUCCUGCUUGCCUUUUGCAUCUUGUUUUUGAGCUUACUUUGUUUCUUUUCCUAAGAGCAAACAGUUACCCACUUACUAAAGGAAAACCACUGUUUACUGACCUACCAUAUGUAUUAAUAUUCCUAAGUAUUAGUAAGUCUCAGAUCCAACAAAAGGCUUGUACAUUGUGGCUACAUCUACAGGUGUGCUAUAAUGCCCGCUAGCCUAAUGCACAUUAAAGUGUCACUUAAAAAACUAUGCUCUUACUCUAAUGUUCAAUAAAAUAGGCUGCUGUGCAUUAAAUGACACUGAAAAAAUGUGCGCUUUUGUUACUGCGCAUUAAGAUAACCUGAUGCGCAUUUGUUUAGUAUUUCACACUGGACGUACUAAAUGUAAUGUGCAUUAGGAAAACCACCUUAAUGCAUGUGUAGAUGCACCCAGUGACACUCAAUAUUGGCAUGCCUAAAAUUAUAGGAUGCUGGUGCUCAAAAUGGAAUAUGCACACCUAAGCUGAGCACCUACAUUCCUUAUAGAGCCAGAGUCAGCAAUCUUUAAGGAUCAGUGGACCAAAAUAAGGCAGCUGUGUCCAAAGGUAGGCCACUUACUGCUUCCCCAAGCACCAUUUCAAGCCAUCAAGCACUCCAGGAGGGUUAUUGCAUCCCUCCUAGUCUUGGAUGCUUAGGUGCCAGUUAGAGGUAAGGGCCUAUAUGAAACUGGAUACACAGCUUGAGACUGCUUUCUUCAACCUUUAAGGAGCAGUAGACCAAAAUAAGGCGUCUAGGUCCAAAGGUAGGCCACUUACUGCUUCCCCAGACACCACUCCAAGCUACCUGCUCUCACCCCAGUCCUUCCUACUCCAUGCCAAGGGCUGCUGCCUUACUCUCACGUCCCCCUACUACAGCUGCUUCUUCCUUUACCCAUUACCACUAAUUUUUGUCACCACCAUUUGCCACUAGUGACUAAUUUCACAGCUAGAGAUGAGGGCUGGGGAGGCAGCAGACAGCACUACAAAAAAAUAUUUUGGGGCCAGAGGAAUUCAGAGAGCAGGGUGGCAAAAAAAAUAAAUCACCAGACUGAGCUGCACUGCAGCAUGACUGGAUACAGUUACUUGGUAGACUGAAUCUGGCCUGUGGGCCAUAGAUUGCUGAUCCCUGCCAUAAAUUAUGUGGGGAAAGUUAGGUGCAUUGGAAUGAGACUUUUAGAAAUCGGCAUACUGAGCAAAGGUGUGCUACGCUAGCCAAUAGGAAAUGCUAAGGAGAGGUUGUUUGCAUCCCUUCCAGUCUUGGGUGCCUAGGUGCCAGUUAGAGGCAAGGACCUAUGUGAAACUGGAUACAUGUCCGGAAACUGCUUUCUUCACUUAGACACUGAAGAUACAUGGGAGCUAGCUCACUUUUUUACUUUAAGAUAUGACUGGAGGAGGAGAUAAAGGUGUGCACUUUUCCUAGAAGAGCCUAGUGGACAAAGUACUCCUCCAGGAAGGGGGAAGUUUGUUUUGUAGGACUUUCUUAGCCUGAGCUGGUUCAAACAUACAUCUCACAAUUCCCAGGAGAGUGCCCUCCUUCCUUUUGCAUUAAAGAGCCAAUGAAUAAAAUAGAUAAAACACUGGGGGCUGGAAACACAACCGAGGACUCCCACCUAGAGUCAGCUCCGGCUUGUUUGUUCUUUGACCCCAUGAAUCUUGUGUUUCUUUCUAUACAGAGGCUUAGUUUCAACUGAAGGAUAGAGUGUGCCCCCAACCUCACUUCUUUUAGGUAGGUUUUUUUAGGAGGUGGAAGACAGCCCAAAAGGAUUCUGCAACUCAAGUCGUCUACUUUCUGGGUGAAUGAUCUCUGCCACCAUAAAAAAGUGGGUACUAGUAAUACCUCCUCCUCCAUCUGUGUUUUAUGAAUGGAAUCAAUUUCUUUAAAGUGGUGAGAAAAACUGGAAUCCAUCUACUUGCUCUUGCUUUUUACACUCUGAACUCGGAGCUGAGAUGGUGAGGUCACUCCAGGGACUUCCCUCACAUGCUAGAGAUAGAGCAUUUGGGGAAUGACAGCGAGGACCUUCCCAGAGCUGCUCAGUUCUGGGUUUGGAGAAUGCAGAGCAGGUCAGGUAGGCAGGGCUUAGUUUUCAGGAGCACAAGAGUGCUGUGAAGUAGUGCAGGCAUGACUUUCAGUGCCUAAAUUCUACCAAAAUUGCACUUUGGGAAACCCAAAUUGUCUUUUAUUUUUGGCCCAAACUGAUUUGCAGUUAGUCACAGCAUGCUCCUCAACCCUUGCAGAUUGCAGUAUUCUUCUUAACUAGUUAUUUUUUAAUGAUGUAUUAUACACACUUAUUUUUAUCUAUUACAUUGUUACACAAAUAUUAAAAAACAUGGCACAUCAAUAACUGUUCUUAAAAGUUGAAGUUGGUCAUCAGGCCAGCAGAUCAAUAAUGACUCAUGCAGGAAGAGAGAUAUUGAAUUUAUGUUUCAUGCCAAAUGUAUUUCUUCUGAAAAUGGUUGCUUAAGUGGAUAAGAAAUUGGAUAAAGAACUAUAGAAGGUCUGUUGUUUUGUAUAAACAGAAAAGGAGGUGGAGUCAGGCAAUGCUUCUAAUUUAACUGCUGCCGUAAUCAUUGCAUGUUACUAUGAAGAAUACAGUGGAUCUGGAAAACUGAAGAAGAAAGCUGAAACAAAGGAUUCAUAUAAAUAGUUAUCAGUGAAUGUACAGAAAAGUUGAAUUACUGUGAAUAAGCUGUUUUGUGAACCUACAAAAUAAAAAUUAAAUUAAAAUGUAUAUGUGCUUGUAAA